UCUUUUAUGACUAUUCCUCUUCGCCUUCACCGAUCGAUUCCUAUGCACUACGCGGUUACUGUAAUCCACCCUUCGUGAAUCUGUAAUGCUCUUAAAUCUUCCUUUAAUGGUUUCGUUCCAGCUCCCCCUCUUUCUCCUUCUAUAUAAUCUGAUGUUUAAUCCAAACCCUUAUUCAAAACCUCCACUGAAAAAGGUACAGCGACCGCCAUGAAAUCCACAGGAAAGUCUCCAGUCCCCAGCCGCAAGCCUCACGUCGUUGUAUCUUUAGCGACGUCUCACAUGAACCAGCCGAAAUUGAGCUCCUUUUUCGGUUAAUCCAUUUUUGGGAGGCAAGAAACAUUGCAAAAGGCAAGACCUUUAUUGGGUUGGAGCUCCUCCAAUACGACGAACAGGGUACUGUGAUGCAUGAGUUCAUCUCCUCUACCCGUGCUCCACGAUGCUCGCCUCAUCCUAAAGCAGAAACAACUUACAGCCUUCUGAAAUUUUAAGCUACUAGAAGCAAGGAGAUUUAUCGAGUUGCUAAUCAGAGUUUAACAAUUUCUUUUUUUGAAUGAAAAGUUUAACAAUUUCCCUCUUGCACAACUUUUUUCUCUUCGUGCUUGACGACAUCAACUUCUCUAUUGACGCAUACAUGUUCAGGUUCUACUCUCAUGACGAUAUCCAAGGUCUCAGGGGUGAUAUCUACGCUGGUUAAAGGACAGUCUCUCAUUGACUGUUCCGUCCUUGACGAAGUGGAACUAGCAACAUGUGUCGUCUUUUUGGUUCAUUUGCAGUUGAAAGAGAGACCUGUUAAGAAGAUUUACUUUUGGGACCACGCUGCAAAAGAUUUCUACAAGAAGUUCACAUCCAGUGAACACAAUCCCACCGUGCUUUUAGUCACGCCAGUGAACACAAAACGCCUUGUAGUUUUGCACCUCGCAGAAAUAAAAGCACCAUCGCACUUGUUAACCAGAAAUAGAAGCUUCGGGGUUUCUGUAACAUUUGUGGGUUAAUGUCUCAUGACUCAACCGAUUGUCCUCAAAACAACCCCAAUGAUGAGGAGGCUCCCCAUGAUGAUAAUAAUGAUGAUGAUAAUGCAUAUGAUGGUCGUCCUCCUAGUUUCUCUACGCCAGAACAUCACGACCCGGUGGAUCCUGUUAUUCCACCAAGUGAUAAUCAACAUGAUGCUGCGAAUCAUGACUCCACUCCAUCUAAGAAGCGAAAAACAGAGCCCUCUGUUCCUAUGGUGGAGUUGAACCCUUUGUGCUAUGAAACACGACAAGGUAUGAUUUAUGAGGAGGUUACUGAACAAGUCUUGAAGAGGAUGAGAAGACAAGCAGAAACUUGUGAAGGCAGACAAUGGUUCCAAGCAGUGCAUGAUCAGGAGGCAAGUUCUUCACGUGCUUCUCCUCAGGGUCCUCACAAAACAAAUGAUCGAGAGGGUACGGUGGGCCACAAGCCACCGGCGUCAGGAUGAAUACAGCCUUUUGGAACUGUCGAGGCUUAAAAGGGUCCUUGACAGUUCGACGCCUAAAAGGGAUUAAGGCAACUUUUUCCCCGGACGUACUCUUUUUGAUCGAGACAAAGAACUCUGAUGAUACAAUUCGGGAUGUGUGUUCUCAACUGGGAUAUGAUUGUGUACGGUGUGUGUCUCCUAGGGGAAUAGGAGGUGGGUUAGCGUUACUAUGGAACAAGGAUAUUGAUAUUGUCAUUAACGCUAUGGACGAACGUAUGUUUGAUUGUGUUAUUAAUAAUAAGAAUGGUAUUAUGUAUUUCACGUGUGUGUAUGGCCAUCCAAUUCGUGCUUUACGCCAUCAUUUUUGGGAAAAAUUACAGCGAAUAGCAACAACUCGUAAAGGACCUUGGUUGCUUUGCGGAGAUUUCAAUGAAAUUUUAAAACCUGAGGAAAAGAUUGGGGGUCCUCCUCGUGAACCAUGGAGCAUGAUGGAUUUUAACUUAAUGACAAAGGUUUGUCGUUUGCAGGAUUUACCUUUCAGUGGGAACAAUAUGACUUGGGCUGGUAAUCGAAAAGGUCAUAAAGUCCAAAGUUGGUUAGAUAGAGGUUUUGGGAAUGAUGAAUUCAGAGCGUUGUAUCCUGCUUCACGUGUUAUCUAUUUGGAGAUGAUUGAAUCAGACCAUCGACCUGCAAUCAUCCAGAUACGGAAAACAACAGAUUUUGGAAAGAAAAGUUUUUGCUUUGAUAAUAGAUUGACAGAACGAGAAGGCUUUAAAGAAGUCAUCAUCGAUGGUUGGAAAUCUACGCUACCAGGGCAAUACGUUUCAGUUUCUGACCGCAUACGCAAGUGUCGUCAUGCUAUUUCUCAGUGGAAAAAGGCAAAUAAUACUAAUUCUGCUAAACAUAUUAAAGCAUUGACUGCACUUAUUGAUGAAGCCCAUUCUGAUCCUCUUUGUCCUCUCAGUGAAAUACAUAAUUUACGUAAGAAACUACUGCAAGCAUAUAAAGAUGAGGGAGCUUUUUGUAGAAAUAAGAGUCACAUUCAGUGGUUGACCUAUGGUGAUCGCAAUACCCGUUUUUUCCAUGCUUCUACAAAAAAUAGAAGAGCAAAAAAUAAGAUUUUGAGCAUUCAAAAUAAUCUUGGUGAAGAAGUUUUUGGUAACAAGGAGAUCUCAAAAGAGGCACUUCGUUAUUUUUCUGAAAUUUUUACUUCCUCCUUGCAAGGAAAUAUUCAGGAAAGCCUUGGGAACAUCAAUCAUGUGGUUUCUGAUGAAUGCAAUGCAUAUCUCUCUCGGGACGUUACAGCAGAAGAAGUUCGAAUAAGUGUUUUCUCUAUUGGCGCAACACGAGCCCCGGGUCCUGAUGGUCUUACAGCUAGCUUCUAUCAAACAUAUUGGGAUAUAGUUGGUCCGGCUGUAGUAGAAGAGGUACAACAUUUCUUCAAUACUGGAGAAUUCUAUACCGAUUUGAAUCACACAAACUUGUGUCUGAUUCCUAAGAUUCCAAAUCCGAUCACAAUGAAAGAUUUCAGGCCGAUUGCACUUUGUAAUGUAAUGUAUAAAAUUAUUUCAAAAAUUUUAUCGUUGCGUAUGAAGUCCAUCUUACAUUAUGUGAUCUCUAAAAACCAAUCGGGCUUCAUUCCAGGAAGACAUAUCACUGAUAAUGUCUUUCUCUCUCAUGAGGUUUUCCAUUCUUUAAAAGUCCGGAAACGUAUCUCCGAGAACUACAUGGCAGUCAAAACAGAUGUUAGUAAAGCUUACGACCGAAUUGAAUGGAAAUUUUUAGCAGAAGUGAUGCGCAAGAAAGGUUUCUGUGAAAAAUGGAUCAUGCUUAUAAUGAAGUGUGUUACAUCGGUUUCUUUUUCGGUCAUGGUAAAUGGUAGCUCUUAUGGUCAUAUGAAU